UCUUUGGGUAUCCCAGAAUGCUGCAGUGUCCCGUGCUCAGUACAGCUUGGCUCGCGCUGAGGCACAGGCAGCUGCUCACGGAGACUCUAGCGCACAUCGUCCGGGAAGCCGCGGCUUGCAAACCCGAAGAGAGGAAACGACUUACCCGUCUGACUCGCCAUGACGACCGAAUCAGGGUCCGAGUCGGAGCCCAAGCAGGAGCAGCAGCAGCAGCAGGAGGCUAACGCCGCGCCGCCAGACCAGGCCCCACCGCCGGAACAGGCCCUGCCCCCCCCCACGGCCCCGCCCCCACAGGUCACGCAGCAGUUUGACGGGGAGCAGUUUCCCGCCGCCGUCGGUCACAGCACACCGGCCAGGAAGGACCAGAACGGAGAAAGAGAGGCAGAAGGCCUCCCUCUGAGCAAGCCGGAAUACCAGCAGUUUGGGGACGACAAGGUGUCCCAUAGGUCAUCGACCAGCAGGCAGUCCAAGUCUCCUCUGAAGACCGCCAAGAAGGUCAAGAACAUGCAGUGCAAGGUGACUCUUCUGGAUGGGUCAGACUACACCUGCGUGGUGGAGAAGCGGGCCAAGGGCCAGGUGCUCUUCGACACCGUGUGCGAGCAGCUCAACCUGCUGGAGAGGGACUACUUCGGCAUCACAUUCCGAGACAUGGACAACCAAAAGAAUUGGUUGGACCCUGCUAAAGAGAUGAAGAAGCAGAUAAGAAGUGGAUCGUGGAAUUUUGCGUUCAAUGUGAAGUUUUACCCUCCGGACCCCGCCCAGCUGUCAGAAGACAUUACGAGGUACUACCUGUGCUUGCAGCUGAGGGACGAUGUGGUUUCGGGCCGCUUGCCUUGCUCUUUCGCCACGCACACCGUCCUGGGGUCCUACACCGUCCAGUCUGAGCUCGGAGACCACGACCCGGAGGAGCUCGGCACCGACUACGUCAGCGAAUUCCGCUUCGCCCCCAACCAGACCAAGGAGCUGGAGGAGAAAGUCAUGGACCUGCAUAGAAACUACAAAGGCAUGACGCCGGCUGAGGCCGAGAUGCACUUCUUGGAGAACGCCAAGAAGCUGUCCAUGUACGGAGUGGACCUCCACCACGCCAAGGACUCGGAGGGCGUGGAGAUCAUGCUGGGGGUGUGCGCCAGCGGGCUCCUCAUCUACCGCGACAGACUACGCAUCAACCGCUUCGCCUGGCCCAAGGUCCUCAAGAUCUCCUACAAGCGGAACAACUUCUACAUCAAAAUCCGCCCGGGCGAGUUCGAGCAGUUUGAGAGCACCAUCGGAUUCAAGCUCCCCAACCACCGCGCCGCCAAGAGGCUGUGGAAGGUCUGCGUGGAACACCACACCUUCUUCAGGUUGGUGUCUCCAGAAGCCCCUCCCAAGAAGUUCCUCACGCUGGGGUCCAAGUUCCGCUACAGCGGGCGCACCCAGACCCAGACGCGCCGGGCCAGCUCCCAGAUCGUCCGGCCCGCGCCGUACUUCGAGCGCUCCUCCAGCAAGCGCUACACCAUGUCCCGCAGCCUGGACGGAGCCCCUGUGACUGAAAACCACGAAAUACUCAUGAAGGAUUCCGUGUCCGCUUCAGAGAUGGGCACCGCCCAGUAUGCACCGGCUAAGGCCAUCGCCACGGGCGACCUCAUCACCUCGGUAACGCCAGAGAAGAAGGCCGAAGAGGAGAAGGCCGAGAAGGAGGAGGAGGAAAAGGCGACUGCCCCGGAACCUUCCGAGCCUGCCCCGCCCACUCCUGUCCGACAAGAGCCCAAGCCGCCGUCGCCGUCUUUAUUUGCCUCCGACCCCCUGCGCUCCGAGCUGUCGCUCCCGUCCUCCCCGGUCUCGUCCACAAGGGUGCGGAGGAGGCGCAGGGAGAACGCGCGGAGACGCGCCGUGUCCGUCAGCCCCGCCAAGAGCGGCACGGGCCGCCGGCGGCGCCAGGCGCGGGCCGACCGGCGGGCCGCCCUGCUGGAGGAGCAGGCGCUGCUGCUCUCGGCCCGCAGGCAGAGGCUGGGCCAGAAGAAGGGCGGCACGCUCUUCUCCUUCUCCCUGCACCUCCCCGACCUCUCCGCCCUUCUGGACGACGACGGCUACCUGACCUUCCCCGACCUGUCCGAGCUGCGCUUCCUCCCCGAGAGCGUCCAGCACUUCCUGCCCAUCAAGUCGCCCUCCCUCAUCCCCUGCUUCCUCUUCAUCUUCUUCUUCCUGCUGUCCACCUCCUUCUCUGUCCCGUACGCCCUCACCCUCUCCUUCCCCCUGGCGCUGUGUCUCUGCUACCUGGAGCCCAAGGCUGCCUACUUGAGCGCCUCUCUUGCCAAUGGCCUGAAUGACAGUUCAGAGGAAGAGACCGACAGCGAGCAAACGGACUUUGCCUGUGACGGUGAAACCACGGCCACAGAGUCGGACCAGGAGGAUGAGUCAGAGAUGAGGACGCAGAAUAGUUUCAUAAGACGAAUAAAAGGGGAAAAUGUAUUUGUCAAACAUAGCAAUCUGAUGUUAGAGGGAACGGCAACUCCCGAGCUGCUGGUGAAGCACCAGACCAAUAUAAGCGAGCUGAAGCGGUCAUUUUUGGAGACGGGCGGGGACGCGAGCGGGCUGACGGAGUGGGAGAAGCGCCUCUCCACCUCCCCCGUGCGCUCCACAAGGCUGGAUGACUCCCCCAUGAUCGAACCCCUCAUGCCAGAGGAAACCAGAGAGGGAGCAGAACCACUGCCUGAUGAAGUCCUGGAGGUGACCACAACCACCACUAAGGAUUCUGAUGGGUGGGUUAUUGUAAACAAAGUCCCCACUAAGGUGGCAGAAAAGACAAACGUAGUCAGCUAUAGAGUGGUGUCCAUGACGAGCGGUGUGUCUGAGGGAGUGGGCGGAGCCACCCAGCGCGUUCUCGAUGAGUUGAAAUCCAAAGAGGAGGAGCUGCGGCAGAAAAGCUACACCUUGGGGCUGAGCCGUGACCCUCCUUUCGGGAAGAUCGCCACCGCAACGUCUCCCGCCAAAGACGCCGCUCAGCCCGUCCAGCCGCCGCCUCCCCCCGAGGAGCGGCAGGGGCCGGCGGACCAGGCCGUGGUGACGACCAAGGUCAUCUCCGCGCGGUUCAAGAUCCUCGAGUCCUCGUCCCCAGGCAAGGAAGGCGCUUCGGUCACCGUGAAGGAGGCGCAGCCUCCCCCUGCUCCUGUCCCCGACGCCCCGAAAGGCUUUGUGAGGACCGUGGUGACCGUCAGCUCCAACGAGGAGGCCGCACAGGCGGAGCUGGCCGGAUUCGGCCUCCUGCAGAAGCCUGCCGCUCAGGAAGACCAGGCCACCAGCCCGGCCAAAGCCGAAGAGGGCCUCAAGCUGGGCGUGGCCACCGCUCACUAUGUGUCCAAAACGUCUCCCACGUCCAGAGCGGUGCCUAAGCCUUCCUUCGAGGAGAUGUCUCCCCAGCUUACUGCUCUGUUGGAGGCGGCCAGAGUGCAGUCCUCCAGAUUGGGAACCAUGGCCACCUCCACGGCUCAUAGUCACAUUAUUUAUGAGACCUCUGAGAGGACGGAGGACGCUGUCCAGCUGGAGUCAUCAUCGCAGCAGGAGAAGGAUCAGCCUGUGGGCGUGGCUCAGGUGCUGAAGGAGGCGGGGCCUGUGUCUUCGCUGGUGAAGACCGAGACGGUGAGCUUCAGCAGCGGACAGCAGGAGGAGGAGGAGGAGUUCACCACCAAGGACGUGCCGGUGAUCCACACGGAAACCAAAACCAUCACAUACGAGUCCUCACAGGGGGACGGCAGUAAUGACGCUGACCCAGGGAUCCUGAUGAGCGCCCAGACCAUCACCUCGGAAACGACCAGCACCACCACCACUACGCACAUCACAAAGACUGUGAAAGGAGGCAUCUCAGAAACGCGGAUCGAGAAGAGAAUCGUCAUCACGGGCGACUCAGACAUCGAUCACGACCAGGCGCUGGCUCAGGCCAUUAAGGAAGCCAAAGAGCAGCACCCUGACAUGUCAGUGACCAAAGUAGUGGUACACAAAGAGACAGAGAUCACGCCCGAGGCCGAGGAGGGGGAAGAGUGACGCAGGAUUGAGGCUCCACCAUUUCAGAGGAUGCUUGCAUUUCACUUCUCAGAGAAAAAUGGAUGUCCAGGAAGGAGUGACCUCCAAAGCAAAGCAAAAUACAUUAACGGAUAUUCCACUGCAUCUGAAAACUCUAGGACUGAUCACCCUCCCACGUUGCAUCUCCAAAUCAAUCCAGUCCACCACUGGAUAAUGCAUAUUGCAUGAGAAGGAAACAGUUCAGCAUUUUAAAAAAAAGAAAAUUUAAUUUAGGGGGGAAAAAAUUCAACACAGUUCUUAAUCCAACUGCACGCUCCGACAAUAGGCAGAAUAAUUCAAUGGGAAUUUUUUUAAAAUUAUUAUUCACUGCCUUAAGUAAUGAAUUUUAAAAUUGUAUAAUAAUUUAUGUAGCUUUCAUUUUAUUUAUGAGAGAGAAGCUAGCACUCCAAAAAGAAGGCUGUAGGCUUUACGCUGUACGUGUUCGAGUGCGCAGUAUUUAACCAUGCAGUAGACGUGCCAGCCACAUUGCCAAGCUCCUGUCUACUCUCUCCAUCAUUUUACCGAUUCGACUCGCAAUGCCUGCCAAACAAACAAAAAUAUUACCUAAAUAUGAAAACCGUGCUUCUUUGGCCAGACAAAAAUAUGAUUCUUAAAUUAAUUUUGUCAUUUUUAUUUGAAUUGUAAUUUUUUUCUGUUGUCGUUGAUUAAAUUCCACUAAAUUUUGUUCCACUUAAAUAUUCCACAUGACAAAGCAAAAGUUUGUAUGUGGAGUGCUCUGAACUGAAGGAUAAAGGAAUGAAGUGAAUGAAUGUAGGCGUCUGUCUGAGACCCAGCUAACAGCGAUCCCUGCGGUGGACCAGGCUGCUCAUCUCACCAGUGGAAGGACCAGAGCCCCCAUCCUGUCAGGCACGGCAGAGCCGGCUAUCAGCCUCCCCCAUGCCAAUCCCACCCUGAGCGUGUGUGUUAGUGUGAGUGCACGUGUGUGUGUGUGAGUGAGAGCGAAUGUGACUCAGAUGUGUAGAACACCGUCCUGCUCUGUCCCUUUGUGUCCCCUCUGUUUAGUGCCAUCCAUGUUCAAUGUGUUUCCACAUUAGUGAAAUAAAAAGUGGCAAACGCAAAAUGCA